AGGCAGCACGCAUGUGCAGCCAACCCGGAUGCAGUUUUUUUCUGAGUGUUUUACCAAAUCCAGACAGUAAACACGGAAUACGAGAUUCAAGCUGUUCCAAAGGCCAUUUCAGUUACACGCCGCGUCAUGUUGGUCACCUCAAGGAGAAGAGGAAGUGCAUCUAUUUCGUAGAGCUGCACUUUUGGUUUACGAUACCAACUCGUAGCGGCGCCAGAGGAUGGACCCUCGCGGCCGGAGGCAUGAGCGAGGCAGCAACUGGACCGACCCGGAGAUCGUGGAGCUGCUCCAGCUGUGGUCCGACGAAUCCGUCCAGAUAGAACUGGAGAGCUCGUUGCGCAACCAGCGCGUGUUUGACCGCAUAGCACUCGUCCUGCGCGAAAAGGGCAUCUACCGCACGGGUGACCAGUGCAGGGAGAAGAUCAAAAAGAUGAAACUGGAGUACCGUCGCAUUAAAGACAACCACAAGCUGAGAUCCUGGAAAUUUUACGAUGUGAUGGACCGGGUUUUAGCUAAUCGACCGGCUAUCACAUACUCUACUCUGGGUGGAACAGUGGUAGCUCAGCAGGUGUUUCAGAGCCCAUGUGGAGGUGACUCGUACUUGCAAGGGAACUCUUCAGCAGGCUCUUUCGGUCCAGCUUCUUCAGGAGGGUUUCUGUUUGGCCAGCCCCCUAAAGUUGGAGACCCCCUGGAUGUAAAAUGUGAGGAUGUUGAGGAAAGCCUGUUGAACACAGAUGUUGCACCCCCGGAAAUGUACUACCGAUCAGGAGAUGAACAGGAAACAGAUGAACAAUCUUUACUAGGAACGGAGGACACAUUGGGUCAAGGAGAACAUUCUGCUCAUGCAAGGAUUUCACCUCCAGGUUUAACUGACCUGAACCUUGCUGGGUCUGCCUCCCAGUCUGGCAGUGUUCCUGUGCCACAUGACACAUUUAAAGAAGGGGUCCGUCCCUUGGCGGCUGUAAGGCAGAGGAGGCGUCGGCGUGCAGGCAAAACCACAUGUCGCCACGGGAGUGGUAAAUGUAGCAGCCAGGGGCCCCUCGACAAAGCUCUGGCCAGCUUCCUCAUCUGGCAGAGGUGCGCUGAAGAUCGCCUCCUCACUCUGGAGGAGGCGCGGCUGGAGAAGGAGCUGCAGGCUGAUGAGCGGAGACGACAACAGGAAGAGAAGAGAGCGGAGCAAGAGCGCCAGCAUGAGCUGCGCCUGUUCAGCAUGCUCACUGGGGCUUUGGUUGCGGUCAGACAGGGCGCUGCGACGACAGCAACAGCAUCCACCAACACUUCUGUCUCCCUGCUAGAUCAUCAGUCAGCUUUAUUGAUCGCACCAACGGCCUCCACUGCACCAUCCUCAUCUCCAAAACAUCCUCAGGCUCCCACUUCGCACACUGUUUGCACUAAGGGGUCAAUAAAGUCAGGUCAGCCCCCCUCUGUCAAGUUCUGCACAAAGUCUGUGGGUGGAUUGGGAACUGAGAGAGGAGUGAAGUCUCCUGAGCUUAGUGUGUACCUGUCCAAUCGUGGUAACAGUAUCCAACAACAUCAAGGCAUUCUCCAGGAGGGCUUUGCUCAGUACGGAGUGAACCAAUAUCAUGACACCGACAACCCUAAUGGUGUCAUCAACAUGGGCACAAGUGAAAACAAGCUGUGCUAUGAUCUUCUUCAUAAAAGGUUGACCCAACCUGAUAUGCUACAUGUUGACCCAGCGCUCUUGCAGUAUGGCGACUGGAGGGGACAUGCAUUCAUGAGAGAAGAGGUUGCAAAGUUCCUGACUGACUACUGCCGUUCUCCAAACCCACUGAAAGCUGACAAUGUUGUGGUGAUAAAUGGAUGUAGUUCCAUUUACUCCUGCAUUGCAGCAGUUAUUUGUGACCCAAAAGAUGCCAUUCUCAUUCCUAGUCCCUUUUAUGGUGUAAUUACUGAGGACCUGCAGUUAUAUAGUGAUGUCAAGUUGUUCCAUGUUCCUCUGGCCUGUGAGAAUGAAGGUGGUCGAAUUUUCCACCUCACAGUCAGCAAACUGGAAGAAGGUCUACAAAGAGCUAAGCAAGAGGGGGUAAAUAUCCGGGCUCUAAUACUGAUGAACCCCCAUAACCCUCUUGCUGAGAUCUACACCCCAAAGGAAAUGCUGGCCUUCUUAGAGUUUGCCAAAAGAAAUGAGCUCCACGCCAUCAUAGAUGAGGUGUACAUGCUGACGGUGUUUGAUGAAUCAGUUACAUUUCACAGUGUCCUCGGUCUGGAAAGUUUGCCCGACCCACAGAGGACACAUAUAAUGUGGGGGCUGAGCAAGGACUUUGCAAUGGCUGGAACCAGAGUAGGCACACUGUAUACUGAGAACGAAGACCUUGUUAGGGCUUUGGCCAAGCUGGGCUCUUUCCAUGGUGUCUCUGGGACCACACAGCACCAGGUCACACAACUUCUUCAAGACAGAGAAUGGAUCAACAAGGAGUUUCUGCCCGAGAACAGAUCCAGAUUGAAAGCUGCUCACCGCUACGUGACAGAUGAGUUGCAGACAAUGGACAUCCGCUACCUGGACAGGCCCACUGCUUUGUAUAUCUGGGCUGACUUCAGAAAGUUCCUCAGAGCCCCGUCAUUUGAGGAAGAGUUGUUUAUGUGGCGCUGCUUCCUCAAACACAAAGUGGUAUUGAGCUGCGGCCAGGCCUUCCAUUGCUCUACGCCCGGGUGGUUUCGCAUCGUCUUUGCCGACAAGCAGCAGCACCUUCAACUUGGCCUGAAGAGAAUUAGAGAAGUCUUAAACGAAAUGCAAGAAAGAAAUGCCAACAGGGAGUCAUUCGUUACCAAAGAAGCAAGAGAGGAGAGCAAGAGAUCAGUGAAAGAGGACAGUGCACAUUCAGACAAUGCCGUGAUUGAAAAUUCAACAUCAUCCCCCGAGAGCAAGUCAUCAGACCAGCUGAAGGAGAACGCGAGCCCUGUUCCUGUCACAGGCUUCCUUGGCCCUGAUGAGUUUGUGUUGCAGGACUGCCAAGCCUCUAAGCCUGCAGAGAGCCUGGACCUUCUGAUUGGUGCUCUGAAGCAGCAAAUCCGCUCCUCUGAUUGGCUGGAAAAAAAUACUCCACAGCAGUCUGCAGGAGAAGACCCAGAGAUUUUUGAUGUGUUUAAGGCACUGCUGGAACGUGCCCGAAAAUAAGGUUUGGACUAACAAGUGGAGUUGUGGCUGCCAUAUUACACUGGUCCGCACUGAAGAAUUUCUCCCAACUUUAUUUUGUUUUGUUUUGUUUUUUUUGGCAAAAUCAUAGCUCAGAGAAGGACAGAGGAAACACAAGGCAACUUUGAGAUUGCUUUAUAUGCCUUAAAGUUUAGUGUUGAAUGGAGAUAAUCAAGUGAUCUUUACAUGCAUAAUUAAAUGCCAAAUGUAUCUGCAUAAAUAUAUAUUCUUUAUUUUAAUCUUUAUAUUCUGCCACAGUGGUGUGACGCUACAUGCUGCAGACAAUGCAGGUUUGAUUCCUGGGCAGGGUCCCAACACCCAGCCUUUAGGGAUGUCCAUUGCCUGUCCCAAGCCUGGAUUAAUGGAAGGGUUGCGACAGGAAGGGCGUCUGGCGUAAAAACUAAGCCUAAUCAAAUCAUGUGAUUGACUCGCUGUGGUGACCCCUAAUGGGGAAAAGCUGAAAGACAAAAAAAAACAACAACUUAUAAGCACUUUAUCAUAUCAAAUGUGUUUUACAUUAUUUUAAAAUGAAUUGAUUUUAACAUGUAUUCUGUUCUGUACUGAGACGUAGCAUUUUAACAGGAGGGAAUAGAGCAGGGGUCACCAACGUUUUUCCUUUUGAGAGCUACUUUUACAAAAUGAAAAUGGCAAAGAGCUACUCAUUUUUGUAACAUUUAUUUUCAGAGCUUAUUUUAAACCCAAACAAAGCAAAUAUGCUUGUUUUACCAGAACAUUAACAAAACGCUGGUGUCCACAACUCACAUUUUGUAUUUCAGAAUGCAUUUCUUUCUGCUGUUCUUUCAUUAUUAACUGAAAACCUGAAAGAAAAGCAGGCUUGCGGACACCUCAUGUGGUCGUGGGGGGCUACCUGGUGCCUGCGGGCACCACGUUGGUGACCCCUGGAAUAGUGAGUUGUUCUCAAGAUGUUUGAGAGUUGAGAGACCACCUCAUGUGGUCGUGGGGGGCUACCUGGUGCCUGCGGGCACCACAUUGAUGACCCCUGGAAAUAGUGAGUUGUUCUCAAGAUGUUUGAGAGUGUUUGUGUAAGAUUUUUUCUUCAUGUUGGAAGGGCCUUGCAACACACUCUGUUCUAGUUAGACCUUGAUGGGGUUGAAAUCAAGGCUCUCAAGUUCUUGUACCAAACUCAUCCAGCCAUUCCUUCAUAGACCAUGCUUUGUGCACUGAGGCAGAGUAAUGCUGCAGUUGAAAAGGGCCUUCCCACCAAUUUGGAAGCAUAGAAUUGUCCAAAAGGACUUGGUAGAAUGAAAACCUGUUCUAGGGGGCUCUAAUAAGCCAUCCCUAGAUUGAUUAAUCAAGUGGUGACUCUCAACACAUUUUCUCAUCCAUUUCAUUUCAAAAUUCAGUUUAAACAUGAUUAUGGACAAGAAUUUUAAUAAACUAAGUGUAUGUUUUCAUGAAGUGAUGCCUCUGUGCCUUUUCUCUUUAACUUUUAAACUUAGUGUGGGCCGUAGCUACAGUUGCACUGCGGAAAGGGAAAGCAAAGGCAGGAGUGUGAUGUUGAAAGGCAUUGUCAUAGUUACCAGUCGAGGGUGGGCUUUCCACACGAAAUGUUCCAUUGCCGCCACCCAAUACCUACAGUUUCUUUUAUCUCCCACAAAUAAGUUCACAGCUGCCACAGUCUUAAAGUUGUUGUUUUUUUUUUUAACUUACUUUGAAAGUGGUUACGCUUCCCAGUUAAUAAAGUAACACACAACUGCUUCCUCAAACGCUACAUGGCUGUUGCUGGAACUUUCACUUUCACAGAACAUGAGAUGGUGGGCCACAGAGAUGUCACGGGACUAUCCAACAGCUGGGGGAGUUUCCAUUGCAGUGGAGGAGGAGUAACACAGGAGGCGGGGUGGUCUGGGGGAAUAGUGUGAAAGAGUGUGAGUGAACCAAGAAAUGUUUGACGCUUUCCUUUGGCUUUGGCUCUGAUUUAAUUAAAUUUCUAAUAGCUUGAACCAAGGGUUUGCAAACAUGAAGCUGCCAGAGUUAAAAGACAAAAUAAGUCGCUUCAGAUUUACACAGUCCUGUGUGGGUCUCUGUGGUUGCCUGUGCGUCUCCUAUGCCGUCUGGACACCAUUCUGGUUAAAUGAAAGGGGACUCUGGGCUGAGUGGAAUAACACAAAGGAUGACCAGGGCAGUGAUGCUGGGACCUUCAGUGCCCUGGAAGCAGAAAGAGUAUUUGGGGUUCUGUCCUUCCUGUUGGCCUUGAGCACGGGCGCUCUCUCGCUGGUUUUCGCCCUCUGUUGGACAUCUAAGACGGUGCACUCGUACUCCAACACUCGCUCCCUCCUCAUGGCAGGCCAGGCACUCUACCCCACCACCUUGCUCCUCCUCACCAUGUUCUCGACAGGUUUCUUUUUCCUUCUCAGCUGGUCACUUUUCAACUAUGAGCAUUGGGAAGAAAUCAGCCAGGACUUCUACUGCUUGGGUUCCUCCUAUUGGCUCGGGGCUUUGGGCUGGACCCUGCUGUUAGUUGUGGAAACGAUAGUCUUUCUAGCCGAGCAAGCUAUUGUACCUGACAUUCUCGAAGACCUGGAGAAAGCAGUGGAGUCAUGGCGGGUCACCUCUCAGCCGAGCCGCAGCUUCAGUGAUGGCUGUUGUCAGCCUGCUUACAGUAACAGUAAACUCCCUUCAAAGCGCUACAUGUCCGCACCCGAAUACGACAGACAAUGGGAAUAUGAAAACGUCACAUGAACACACGCAGACUCGAAGGGAAAGCACUGUUUACUAUUGGAUUUCUGUGGAAUGGACAAAUGCCGUGAAUGACUGUGAUUGUACAAACGAAAGAAAACACAUUUUGUUGUGAGAGGUUUGUGCAGCUGUAUCAUAUAUUGAUUCAGAUACUGUUCAACAAUAAGUAUCCUCAGUUUGUAAAAACAGUCAACCGAGCAAUACAUCACACAAUUACACUCAAUUUAGAUCAAAACCAAAAAUGGCCUCCGGGUAUGGUCAUUAUAGCACUGCUAAAAUAAGACAACUAAAAGUGGCCUUAGACUUUUGAUUUUUCUUGCCGACUCUUUUCAGAUUUAUAUAGCAAUAUAUUUUUUUUUACAUGGUAAAAAUAAAGAUUUAUUAUAAAUGCUGGAGGUUUCGUCACAGAACUUGGAGCAGACUUGUAUCCCCCAUGUUUAGCAAUUCUGCACCAACCUCAGUCUAUUUUUUUCAGUAUUGGAGUAUACAAAGGCAUAUAAACAAACACAAAUCCAAAACAUAACCUCAGCUGCACAAAUGCAUGUAGUGUACUGUGUUUUGACCUGAAGCACAUCAACUAUUACAAAUAAAAAACAAAAACAAAAACCCAUUCUUCUCAGCUAAAUAAGCAGCAUGUUGUUUUUCAGGUUUUCAUCCAUCUGCUUGUUGUAUCUGGCAUAACAAUAUCUCGUUACAUCAUCCCAUCAUGAGUUGUAAAUGUGUUGCCAGCAUAAAGUUGCAGCUGCCAAGCAUUAGGACCACCAGACGACAGACUGACUCCAAAGAUAUUAUUUAACGUCGUCUCGCACAUUCCCACAAGGAGACCAAGCAGGGGUUCUCAGCUGCUUAU